AUGGCACCAACAUCAAUUGUCAAAAACCCAGAAGAAACUCAAACUCAAGCUGAAGCUCAAGCUCAAGCUAAAGCUAAAGCCCCACUUAAGGGAAAUAUCAACAAAAAAGAUACUACUGCUACUAAUUUUACUUUACAAGAAGACGAAGUAAAUGAACUCAUUCAAAAAUUAGCUUCAAUCAAGCCAAUUGGCUGGGCACAAGCAAAGACAGUAGCAAGUACUGGCUAUGAUACUGAGUGGGUCAAUAAGUUACCUGCCACAGCUAAAGAAAGAUACACCAAACAUGGAGUGGACAUCUCCAAAGGGUACCCUUAUAUUCCCACCAUUGACAAGAUCCCCAAAUUUGUUGAUGAGGCGUUUGCUAUCAGGAAUGAAGAAUAUCCAUUUAUUGAGCGCGGAAAGAAUGCAGAUCCCGAGAAGAAGGCGUUGUUUGGUGCUGCAAAGGAUGUGAUCAACUUGACACCAUAUGUAGGCACAGAGAUUGUUGGAUUGCAAUUGGCGGACUUGGAUGACAAACAAAAGGACGAGUUGGCAUUGUUGAUUGCUGAACGUGUUGUUGUCUUUUUCAAGGACCAGGAUCUUUCACCCAAAAAACAAUUGGAGUUGGGAAAAUACUGGGGCCAAGUCGAGGUGCAUCCACAAGUUCCCAGAGUUGGUCCAGAUUAUGACGGGAUCACUGUUAUUUGGCAGGACUAUCAAAACCAAAGAAAUGGUAUUGGUUUAAGUUUCCAAAAUUCAAAAAAGGGGAAUUCAACUUGGCACAGUGACUUGGUUCACGAGUUUCAAACUGCAGGGAUUACUCAUUUACACAUUGACUCUAUUCCAGAUGUUGGGGGAGAUACUAUCUGGAGUUCCACAUACGGUGCUUACGACAAGUUAUCACCAGCAUUUAAAGAGUUUUUGGAUGGCAAGACUGCUAUUUACAAGAGUGCUCAUUUGUAUUUGAAUAGAGAGAACCCAUUGAAAGGGCCAAAGCAUGUUGAAAGGGAACACCCAAUUGUUAGAACACACCCUGCUACUGGCUGGAAAUACUUGUUUGUUAAUCGCGCAAUGACUGAUAGAAUUGUUGGUUUGUUACCAGAGGAAUCCGAUGCCAUUUUGAAUUACUUGUUUUCAGUCAUUGAAAACAACAGAGACAUUCAAGUCACUUUUAAGUGGCAACAAAAAUUGCCUGGCUUGAAAUCACCUUCUGAUGCUCACAAAACUUAUAGAGGCACUUCAGCUCUUUGGGAUAAUAGAAUUGCAAACCACAAUGUGAUUCACACUAACGAGAGUAUUAAAGGGCGUCAUGGUACACGUGUCACUUCUUUGGCUGAUACAGGAUACUUUGAUCCAGAAUCAAAGAGUCAAAGAGAGGCAUUAGGAUUGAGUUUGAAUUGA